AUGGGUGCCCGCGGCGGUUCGGGGCUGUACGUGGGACGCGGCACCGCCGCUCUGCUGGCCGCGCUGCUGCUGUCGCUGCUGGCCGCGCUGUUGGCUCUCGCCGCUCUGUACGGGCGCUGCCGGCACCCGCCGCCCCCCGCCCGCCCGGCGGCAGCGCCCGGUCCCGACCCCGGCGUGCCCGGAGCCCCGACGGGGGUCUCGUUGCGAAGGCUGCCGCGGCACCUGCUGCCGCUGCACUACGAGCUGGAACUGUGGCCGCGAGUGCGGCCGGGACAGGAGGAGCCCUUCGGCUUCAGCGGGCAGGUGAACAUCACGGUGCGCUGCCGCCGGGACACGCGGAGCGCUGUGCUGCACAGCGCCGGUCUGAAGUCCCACCGUGCCGCCGUCCGCGGGCCGCUGCCCCAGGCGGGAGCAGCCGUGGAGGUGGAAGGGCUGCGGCUGGAGGAGGAGAGCGAGCUGGCGGUGCUGGAGCUGCGCGAGCCGCUGCUGGCCGGGCGGCGGUACGUGCUGCAGCUGAGCUUCCACGGCCGCCUGCGGGAGGACCGCGAGGGGCUAUUCCUCACCCGCUACACCGACCUGGGCUGCAGCAGUAUGCUGGUUGCAUCCCAACUGGAACCAGCGUAUGCCAGGACAGUUUAUCCAUGUUUUGAUGAGCCUGACAUGAAGGCCACAUUUAAUAUCAGGAUUGUCCAUGACCCAAGCUACGUGGCUCUUUCCAAUAUGCCUGUUAUUGAUGUGUCUGAAAUGAAGGAUGAAAAUGGAAGCCUGUGGAGUGUUACCACUUUUAACACCUCACUGAAAAUGCCAACUUACUUAACUGCUUUUGUGGUCUGCGAUUUUGACUAUGUCAACACUACAGAGCGAGGAAAGGAGAUACGUAUUUGGGCUCGGAAAGAGGCAGUUAAGAACGGGUAUGUUGACUAUGCUUUAAAUAUCACAGGGCCCAUAUUUUCAUUUCUGGAAGACUUAUUUAACAUCAGCUACCCUCUGCCAAAGACAGAUUUGGUUGCACUGCCUGAUUUUGGAGCAGGCGCUAUGGAAAACUGGGGACUAAUGACUUUUGAAGAAGCAGCAUUGCUGUACCUCCCGAGUGAUAAAUUCACAGGCAGAAGGAUGAUUAUUGCCUUAAUUGUGUCACAUGAACUUGCACACCAGUGGUUUGGAAAUCUGGUUACCAUGACCUGGUGGAACGAUCUGUGGCUUAAGGAGGGCCUGGCAUCUUACCUUGAGAACCUGGGAGCUACUUUUGUCGAACCCAAGCUUUCACUGCAUGAAAUCUUUUAUGAUCACAUCGUACAACCUGUCUUAAGUCAAGAAAAUGACUUAGAAGUUCGAUCACUGUCAGAAAGUGAAGACAAGGUCAACGGAUCAUUUUCAUUACUUUCUCUGUUUGACAGCAUCACAUACAACAAGGGGGCUUCUAUUACAUGGAUGCUUUCUGGUUUUCUGACUGAGAAGUUGUUUACCAGAGCUUUAAACUCGUAUCUGAGAGAAUUUGCCUUUUCAAACGCCAACCAGGAUGAUCUGUGGAUCCACAUACAGUUGGUAGUAGAUGCGCAAGAUGAAGUUCAGUUGCCAGCAUCUGUAAAAAAAAUAAUGGAUUCCUGGACAUGUCAAAAUGGAUUUCCAGUUUUAACAUUCAAUAUAAGCACCGGCACAAUCAGUCAGGAAAAAUUUCAUAAUAAAAACCAUGAAAACAGUACAGACUUUUACAACAAUACUUGGAUUGUUCCUAUUUCUUGGAUGAGAAAUGGAUCAUCACAGCCCUUAAUGUGGCUUGACAACAGCAGCAAAGUGUUUCCUGAAAUGCAAGUGUCAGACUCAGAAUAUGACUGGAUCCUACUAAAUGUAAAUUUAAGUGGAUACUACAGAGUGAACUACGAUCAGUUAAACUUGAAAAGAUUAGUACACUUGCUUGAAAAUGAUCCAAAGGCUAUUCCUGCUGUCAGCAGGUUCCAGCUGCUAGAUGACAUUUUUGCACUUACAAGGUCUGGAUAUAUUGAGAUUGAAGCUGCACUUGAACUAACAAAGUACCUUGGCGGAGAAGAUAAACUCUUUGUAUGGAAUGUGGUAUUGGUAAAUCUAGUGCCUGACAAUGUGGAAAGUACUCUGAAAAACUAUGAAGUAUACCCACUUUUGAAGAAAUACCUUUUAAAGAGAAUGUUGCCAAUAUACCAUUAUUAUGCAGGUUUUAUUCGUCGAAAUGUUGAUGCUUUGGAAGAUGACUAUUUUGCUCAAGUGUAUUUGGAAAAAUUUUUUGCAACAGCAUGCUGGCUGGGUCUCCGAGACUGUUUGGAUCUGUCAUCUGAACUGUAUACUAAUUGGAUGGACAACCCUGAGUACAAAAUUCCAUUUUUAAUUAGAAGAACCGUCUGUUGCUAUGGCGUUGCAGUGGGAAGUGAUAAAGAAUGGGAUUUUGCAUGGAAAAUGUAUAAACAGAAUGACUCCACAACGGAAGAUAAAGACAUCCUCCUCUCUGCCAUGAGCUGUGCCAAAGAAUCGUGGUUACUUCACAGAUCCUUGCGGUAUUGGCUCAGUGAUACACAAUUUUCUUCCAACUGUACAGCCAACAUCCUUGAAUAUGUAGUGUCUAAGGACAAUGGGCAUCGUAUAGCCUGGGAAUUUGUUACAGAAAAUUGGUCACUUUUAAAUGAAAGGUAUGGGAAGGAAUUAUUACAUGCCGUAUUAAGAAUCAUGGGAAGAUUUGUCAGUACAGAUAUACAGAUCCAAGAGUUGCAGGUUUUCUAUAAUAAUACACUAGAAGAGGAUGAGAGAGAAACUGCUACUCUACUACUGGAGACUGCAAAAGCUGAAAACGUGGAAAGGAAAGAACUUCUAAGUAGAGUUGCUGAUUGGCUAGAUAAAAAUAUAGACGACUGACUGGGGAAAAUAAUUUCCAGUAUAUUUUAGAGUUUGAUUCAGUAGCACACUGAUAUUUUAAGACGUAAUUAAAGAUAGAACAAAUCUUUAUGGUGUCUGAGAUUAUCUUCCCAACUGGAAAUUCAGGCUAAACCAAUUCAAAAAGAAAAUUAAAAAUUCUGAUUUCAUAUCAGAAAUAAGAUAUAUGUAGGUUGUGCCAAAAGUAAUUCCUCAUAUUUAGUACAAUGGAAACUACAGUAAAUACAAAGAGAACCUUAACACCAUUUGAUAGAGCAAAUUCUCAGCUACCAAACAUUAUCUUUCAACCUUGUCACUACAUUAGCUGUGCAUUCUUCCCAGUGACAAAGAAAAGCAAGCAUUCAUAAAAAUCUGUACUGGCAGAGAAGACCAAGCUAUUUCACAGCUGCUAUUAUGGUGUCAUUGCUAGGAAAAAGUUGCCCACACAGUCUGUCUUUCAUCAGCCCAAAUGGAUGAAGUCAGAAGUGGGUGCAGUAGGACAAUCCAGCCAAGACUGGCAAUGUGCUCUGUGAUCUUCAAACUGGUAUGGGGUUGGCAUUAUUGUAUUGUCUUCUUCCCUGGCUUCCCUCUGUAAGUUCAAGCCUUCAGCUUAGUUGGCACUGCAGUGUAGAGGUCAAAGUUUGAUGGUUUGUGUGGGUUCCAGGAAAUUCAGAAGGAUCACGUUUUCCUACCCCACUAGACAGUUCACAUCACUUUGCCUACUGAGGACUGCAUAUUGAACUUUCUCUUAGAUUGCAAAUUCACACUUCCCCACUCCAUGGACUGCUGUUUUGACUCCAGCUUGUAGCAGUCACAGUACAUCUUGUAAAUGGUAAUGAUGCGAUUCAGAAAACUGUCACCUUCAGCUUCAUUUUGAGGCGUUCCAACAUUACCACCAUGAUUUCCAAAGCAUUGGAGCCAAUGUUAAGCCUUGUUCACAGUUCCCUGGUCACAAUCUGCUCAUUGCGUGGAUGAGCUGGCUGAAAUGCUCUUCAUUUUUUGUGGUGUGACAGUUCUGCAUGGCCCAUGUGGAACAUGGCUUGUCUUUCACAUCACUGUCAACACUGCUGGCAUGUGCCAUGCAGCACCUCUCUGUGCUGACAUACACUGUUUGAUCUCUGUAAGUGUUCAGCAUCAGUGAAUGUCAGUGGGUGCAAUUUUUUCCUCACAUUUUCCUGUGUAUUCAUUGACACACCCUUCAUGUACACUCUCCUGUCAGACGCCAUUCUGUCAGGCUGCCCCUCUGCUGCCAUCUGUCACCGGGAGCAGCAUGGAAUGGGAUAAUGAAGCAAAGGGUCAGCCUCUACUGCCAUGCCACCAACAUCUCUGACAUUGUGGGCCAACAUAAUAAAACAAGAGGUGUUAUUUUCAGAGCAGUCCUCAUGCAUUUUCAUAUUACAUCUAAAUUUACUUCCUACUGAAUAAGUGGUCCACAGGGAUAUGUUGCUAAUAAUAACCUAAUGCACAGAUGCAGUCAGUCCUAAAUUCUUUUUUGUGUUUUUCCCUGAAUCUCUGAAGAAAGGGUGUGGUUCAAGUUUUUGGCAAAAGCCAUGAUAAAGUGGGAAAAGUUUUAUAUUGUUUUGCUUAUGAUCUACACUGCGGCCUUGGGCAGGUCAUGUAAUCUGUAACUCCAUUUCUACAAUUGUAAAGUGGAUAGGGGAUAAUAAAUACAGUGAAACAUAA